AUGGAUAACCAACAAGGAGGUUUUGGACUUCUAUCCGCAAGCCAAAAAGUAAAGAUUAUGAACUACCUAACCAAAACUAAUUUACUAAGUAAAUUAACCUUAAAAAAUAUCCGCCCAAGGCCCAAACGGGGAGGAGAUGCUGACUGGCUGGCUGUCUGUGAGAUAUCACUUACCCAACGGG